GCUUGUCACACUCUCAACUGUCGCGGUCUCAGUCAAAUUUCAUGCUUGCAUAAUGUAAAUAAAUAAUUGAAUCUUAAUGCUGAAAAAAAGAAAGAAAAAUAUUCAUCUAUGCGUAUGACAAAUCUAUAACAAAAAAUCAUAUUAAAAUAAACGUUCUUCUUCAUUUUGCAGAGCUGUCUUAUUCAUACAGAAUGAGUAACAAUACAUUCACACCGAAAGGUGAUUUCAAAGAGCACCCUCUUGUUUGUGACGGAGAAAAACUAUAUUCACACAGUGUCUGUGAUAAAACAUUCACACAGAAAAGCGCUUUCGUUCACCAUUCUCUUGUACAAACUGGAGAGAAACCUCAUUCAUAUAAUGAGUCUAAUCAAACAUUUCCGAAAAAGUCUUCUUUAAAUAAACACUCCCUUUUUCAUUCUAAGGAAAAAUCAUAUUCUUGUAGUGUAUGUAAUAAAACAUUCAAACAGAAUUCUGCUUUAAACAGGCACAGUCUUGUUCAUACUAGAGAGAAACCGUAUUCAUGCAACCUAUGUGAUAAAUCAUUUAAACGGAAAAGCAAUUUAAUUGAUCACACUCUUGUUCAUACUGGAGAGAAACCUUAUUCAUGCAAUGAAUGCAAUCUUAAAUUUACAAAAAAGACAUUUUUAAUUAAACACUGUCUUGUGCACUCUAAGGAAAGACCAUAUCCUUGUAGUAUAUGUAAUAAAACAUUCAGACGGAAUUAUGCUUUAAGCAAACACAUCCUUAUUCAUACAGGGGAGAAACCUUACUCAUGCAGUGUAUGUGAUAAAGCAUUCACCCAUAAAAGCAAUUUAAUGCAUCACACUCUAGUACAUACUGGAGAAAAACCUUAUUCAUGCAGUGCUUGUGAUAAAGCAUUUACGCGGAAAAGCUAUUUAAUUGAACACUCUUAUAUUCAUACUGGAGAGAAUCCUUUCACAUGCAGUGAGUGUAAUAAAUCUUAUAGAUCUAAAUCUAAAUUAGAAAGACAUUCUUUCAUUCAUAUUGAAGAAAAACCUUAUCCAUGCAGUGUGUGUAAUAAAUCGUUUAGCGAUAGCUCUAAAUUAAAAGUACAUUAUCUUUCUCAUAACCGAGAGAAAACUUAUUCAUGCAGCACGUGUGAUAAAAGAUAUACUCAAAAAUCCACUUUAAAUAAACACUAUCUUACUCACACAAGAGAAAAAUCUUAUAAGAUUGAAUCUUGACUGCAGAAACUAUAUGCAAUGAGUAAUUCAAAACUAUACCUUGAAGAAAAAUAAACAUUAUUUGUUUUCUAUUGACACUUUUUUUUAUAGUUUCAAUGUUAAUAAAAAAAAUCUUAUUUAUGUA